CCUGAGGAGGCCCUUUGACAGGCCCUCUCAUCCCGGAACUUCCGGGUCUCGCGCGUGCAGAUGGCGUUACCUGGAACCUGAGAGGCUAUACGAGGGUGUUGGAGGCUUGGAGUACUAUUAGGAUUCGGGAAGCUUUGCCGUUUCUGUUGUUUCCUGAAGUUUGACAUUGAAGGAGAGAUACAAUACAAUGGCCAAGAACAAACUAAGAGGGCAGAAGUCCAGGAAUGUAUUCCACAUAGCCAGCCAAAAAAGCUUUAAGGUUAAAAAUAAAGCAAAACCAGUUACCACUAAUCUUAAGAAGAUAAACAUUGUGAAUGAUGAAAAAGUUAACAGAGUGAAUAAAGCUUUUAUAGAUAUACAGAAGGAACUGGCAAACUUCUCAAAAGGCCUUUCCCUUGAACCUCUGCAGAAACAACUGAUACCUCAGCAGUGUCAUGAAAAUGUAUCAGUUAAUGUUGAUGAAGCUACAAGAUUGAUGGCUCAGUUGUAAUAUACCAAUGAUGCAUCAAAUUCCCCAAAAAGACCAAUAAAUUUAAUCUUUUAUACAA